UGAAAUUACUGCAAAGGAUGCCAGUUUGGACAUUGCGGUUGCCCUCUCUUGUAAGCCCAACAUCUGAUAUCGAAUCCCUUUUGGAUAGUUAUCUCCUUCCCUUUAGAAUGUCCUAGUAUUAUAUUAAACAGAGACGGUAAAAUAUUCCGGAGUUUCAAAGCGUUCAGGUCGAGAAAUAACCCCGCAGCUGCAUUCUCGUUCUCACCCAACCCACUUUUCCAAGCUCCCCGCCCCAAAUGUCAUUGUGUCUCGAACUUCCCCAACUGGAAUCCCUUAAUUUUUAAGCAAAAAAAAAUGCAAGUUUCUUUCGCCACGGGCAUGAGUAGAUGUUUACAUCAUUUUGCAGAUGCGUUAACACACCAAAAGUUUGGUCGGUGAAAAACAAAUCUAAUUGGAGCGCGUCUGUGCUGUAGCCUGCUUCAGCGAUUGAGUCUGCGUUUGAUUGAUUCCCGUCUGGAGUUGCUACUUUAUGUUGGUUUGGGGGUGGGUGAACGUGAGGUGUAAAGGUCACCGUCGCUUUAUUCGGUUGUGGCCGCAAAGAUGUUGGGGCGAGCGGCCUCUUGGCUGCUGCGGGGUGGCUGCGGACCUUGGCGGUGCCCGGGCAGCAAGAGCUGCAGCCCAGGGUGGCGCGGUGCAGCCACGCUCUCGGUCACGCCGCAGCGGAGCCUGGCCGACGAGCCGGUGUGCAUCCGUGCGGCGGGGCUGUCCCCGCACCAGGAGGUCACGCUGCGAGCCCAGGUGCUCACCGACAGCGAACAAAUGUUCGACUCCAGCGCCCAGUACCGCGCCGACGACCGCGGGCUGCUCGACGUCAGCCGCUCACCCUCGUUGGGCGGCGACUACCUGGGCGUGGUGCCCAUGGGGCUCUUCUGGACCCUCUCUCCCGCCAGCAUGGAGAUGCCCUACCAGAAACUGAGGCCCUGCACCAAUCUGACCGGCAGGCCCAUGCGAGUCGACCUGUCCUUGCACUCGGGCCACACGCAGGCUGGCAUGAUCCCUGGACAGAUCCUGGCCAAGCAGGUCGUCGAGAGGUGGUACAGCAAACCCGGAGUCCGCUGGAUAAGGCUAAGGGAAGGCAAGAUAAGGGGCAGCUUGUUUCUGCCUCCAGGAAAUGGUCCUUUCCCUGGAGUAAUCGACCUGUUUGGAGAUGAAGGUGGUUUGACUGAGUUCCGUGCCUGUCUCCUUGCAAAUCGAGGCUUUGCUGCCUUUGCUCUUCCCUACUUUGGGUUUGAGGAUCUACCAAUGAUCCUGACAGAUUUUCAUUUAGAAUAUUUUGAAGAGGCUGCAAAUUACUUAUGGAAGCAUCCUAAGGUGAAAGGGCCUGGUAUUGGAGUGAUAGGUUCUUCAAAAGGUGCGGAUUUGGCUCUAUCAAUGAUCACGUUUAUACCAAAAGUGAAGGCAUCUGUUUGUAUCUCUGGCUGUAAUGCAAACACUCUAACGGAUUUGUAUUACAAGGAUAUGCAUCUCUCCAGUGUGACUUGCAAUAUAGAUAAAAUCAUUCGUUUGGACUCGGGGGUUCUAGAUAUGUCUGGAUCACUUAGCAACCCCAACGAAAAUCAAAAAAGCAUCAUCCCUUUAGAAAAAGCUGAAGGACACAUCUUGUUUGUGGUAGGAGAAGAUGACAAGAUCUGGAACAGUAAAUUGUUUGCUGAGGAAGCAAUAAAAAGACUGAAUGCACAUGGGAAAGAUAACUAUGAACUCCUCAGUUACCCAGGAGCUGGGCAUCAUAUUGAACCUCCAUGUUCUCCAUAUUGUUUUGCUCUGAUUGACCGGUUCCUUGGUCAUCCAGUACUGUCAGGAGGAGAACCAAUAAAACACUGCUACGCCCAAGAAGAUUCCUGGCAAAAGAUUCAAGAGUUCUUGCAUUUACAUUUACAUUGAAAUGCGUUACAGAUUUAAGAAGAUUCCUCUUUAACAAAAGUGUUACUUGGUCUAAGAAAUUCUUCUGUACUUCAUGCGGAAAAACUGUACAAAGAGCACAGUCCAAGAACAUCUGAAAUUCAUAACUGCCAAUAACAUUACGGUUGGAAUGCUUUUUGUUCAAAAAUACUCCAUUAAUCAAGAGUUCUGCUAAAGUAGCAAUAUCCAGUACUGUAGUGGUUUAUUUCACCUUUGCACUAAGACUUGAAAGCUGUUGAUUGUAAUUGUUAGUUGUAUUUUGUUGUCUUGGUGACAAUUUAAUUUCCUUCAACCAUAAUUAAAUUGAUCUUUUCCCCCUCUGCUUCUAAGAUUGUAACACAGGUUAGGUUUAAAGUCAUGGCUUCAAAAUUAAGAAUUUCAUAUGUAACCCUCAACGUCUUGAUUUUUUUGAUCCAUCAUUUUAUUUUCUCCAUCUCUCUUUCGCUGUUAACUUGAUGGUGUUUUGGGACAAAUUGCACUGUGAGUUCACCGUUGGAAUCUGGUUUUGGACCUUCUAUACAUCCACGCAAUGGGGGUUUUAGCUUGGGUAGCUGACAGAUAAACAGGUAUAACAACCAUGGUUAUUUUUGUUUACUCUUCUUUCUUGAGCCAUGCACUAUCAAGGUCCCUUGUAUGUUUCAUUUCUCUUUGGGCAGCUUUGAAUAUGAAAAUUCCAGGUACCUAAUGUAACAAUUCCUUCCCCUCCCACCCCCACCCCCACCCCACAAGUAAACUAAACCUAACAACAAAUCAAAACUUUUGUUCAUCUGGAGUUCUCCACCAUAGUUAUUGUGGCCUUUGAACAUGCACUUCUACAGUGUAUUAAUCGAUAAGCAGUAUUAGUGGAGUGGCCGACUUUCAAAGUACCUCGUGUUAGUCACUUGGUGCUUGCGAGUGGGACAAAGUAAUGGUGCAUACGAAGGCAGUGAUGACAUUGAAUUAGUACAUUCAAAUACAUAUGAGAUAACCAGAAUUGUACCAGGGAUGAAUUCGGUUCCAGAUUUAUUCUAACACGAAAAUUAGACUUAAUUGUAGUGUUUUUCUAUGGAAUGUGUGUAAUUAAAACAUAUGCUUAUUUUGAUUGGA